CCUUCCCACUUCCACCCUUCAGAGAUUCUCUCAUUUAUUCAAAUUAAUUUGUAAAUAAAUCCACUCCAGAUUACAGAGGAUGGAGAUGAGGAAGAGGAAGAGGAAGAUGGAGGGAGCAUUGUGGUUGCUGGUUGUUGUAGUGUUAGCGGUUGUGGUGGCGCCGGCGGAGAGUGCCGGUGACGUGAAGAUAUGGCCGAUGCCGGCGUCGGUGAGCUCCGGUAACAAGAGGCUUCACUUGAGUAAGGAUUUUGAGCUGUUGACUCAGGGGACUGGCUACAAUGAUGCUUCGGGGAUAUUGAAGGAUGGUUUCUACAGGAUGCUUGCUGUGGUCAAUAAUGGCCAUGUCGUCGACGGUAAUUUCUCCGAUAAGUCAUCCCUGCUCAGCGGAUUGCACGUUGUGAUUUCAUCUCCAAACGAUCAGUUACAAUAUGGCAUUGAUGAGUCCUACAAAUUAAUGGUCCCUUCGCCGGAAAAUCCAGCUUAUGCCCACCUUCAGGCAAAUACAGUUUAUGGAGCUUUACAUGGGCUUCAGACAUUCAGCCAGUUAUGCCAUUUUAACCAUAAAAGCAGAGUGAUUGAAGUUUAUAUGUCACCUUGGACUAUUACUGAUCAGCCAAGAUUCUCUUAUCGAGGCCUCUUAAUUGAUACAUCCCGUCACUAUCUUCCUUUGCCCGUCAUUAAGAAUGUUAUUGAUUCCAUGACCUAUGCAAAGCUGAAUGUAUUGCACUGGCACAUUGUAGAUACCCAAUCUUUCCCGUUGGAGAUACCUUCAUAUCCAAAGCUGUGGAAUGGUGCUUAUUCAGCCUCAGAACGAUAUACAAUAGCUGAUGCUGCUGAAAUUGUGAGUUAUGCCCAAGAACGAGGGAUUAAUGUAAUGGCUGAAUUGGAUGUCCCUGGGCAUGCAUUCUCCUGGGGGAUCGGCUAUCCUGCUUUAUGGCCGUCAAGUGACUGUCAGCAGCCACUUGAUGUCAGUAAUGAAUUCACUUUUCAAGUGAUAGAUGGAAUUCUUUCAGAUUCCGGCUCAUUUGGGAGGUGAUGAAGUUAAUACAAGUAAGUUCAAUGUGCCUUGUAAUACCCUUACAAUAAGUUCAAUAUACUUUCUAAUGCUCUUACAGUCUCACUGAUGUAAUGAUAUUUUGUCAUGAUUAUGGUUUAUGGUGCUACAAUUGACAUUUGAUGCUAGAGAUUGGUUGAUUUUUUUGGUAUAUUUGAUGAGUGGACUGUACAAGGAGGAAUAGAAUAGUUAUAGUCCU